GCACGCGGCCCGGCGUCCUCUUCCUCCUUCCAGUCCACCUUGGCUCUGGCUCUAUUCAACCCACCCUGCCCACGUCGGCUCCUGCUCCAGCGCGGCAGCGCCCAACCAACAACCUUCCCCGUUCCGUCCUCCCCGCCUCCUCGUCCUCCUCCCAAACUCGCCCUCCCGCGCGCGUGCCCCGCGAGGCGUGAUCCAGGCGCAGCGCCCAACAGCCGGCAUCUCGCGCGGGCCCCGCCCGGCCCCUGUGUCCGCCAGGAGGAGCGCUCCGCCGCCAUGGAGGCGUCUUCGUGGGACGCACUCCGCAAGCAGGCAAGGAAGCUAGAAGCUCAGUUAGAUGACCAACUGAACGCAUACCGGAAACUGGCUUCUAUGAAAUCUGAUGAUUCAGAGAAUCAUGGCGAGUCGGAUAUAGAAAGAUCACUGAAGCAACUUCAGCAAGUAAAUUCUCAGAUGCAGGCCUGGGUAUCAUCAGGAGGCUCAGAACUCCUUUCUCACACCUUGACUCGACAUAUGGAGAUUUUGCAGGAUCUUUCACAGGAAUUCUUCCGCCUCCGUUCAAGUCUUAGAGCAAAGCAGCAACAUGCUUCCCUCCUUGAUUUUAGAGAUUUUGACAGAGCAAGCUUUGAUGUUGGAGAGGCUGCAGAUUCCUCCGAUCUAUCUCUCCUAAAAGAACAAGCAACAAUCACCCGAAGUACUGGACAGGCAGUCAAGCCCCUGCUAGAAAGUGCAUUUCUGACUAGGCUAACCAUAUGUUAUGGUAGGACAAGUGUAUGAAAGGCGCCAUCGUGGCUGAAGAGUAGACAGGGCACGCGCCCACUACGUCGUAGCAGUUUGCUUUAUGUUUGAAUUUGUAUUUCCCAAGUAAGUUGUAAUCAAACCUAUAACUAUUGUACUCAGUGGCUAAUGGAAGUUAUGCUAGAGAUCAAUUAGAUCUCUUGGCGUCCCGCACGUCUUUGCCUCUGUUCCUGCGCGCAACCUCUGUUCCCGCUCGAUGCCGGCCGCUAGGACAGCGUCGCGCCCUCGCCGUCGCCGGGAGCCGAGUCCCCGGCCACCCAUCCACCAUAGCUACGCUCUACGCCGCUCGCACCCUGACAAUUUGGUAUCAGACGUCUCCUCGAUGUCUGGGACUGCAGCCGCAUCCUCCUCCGUAACCGUCGCCGCUACUUCCGCCACCAGCGCCUCGUUGCUGAUGGCCGUCGCGCCCACCUCCGGCCACCUCCGGCCACCACCAACCUCCACUACCCCGCCGCCGCCGCCACAAGUACACCACAUCCCCGCUGCAUCGGCUUCGGAUAGCUCCUCUGCCCUGAACACACUCACCUCCGCCAUUUAUGGCCUUCAGUGGCAGAUGGGCCAAUUUGCAGCUCGUCUCGCCACCGUGGAAGGAAGACCAUCGGGGGCCGCCGGCGAAUCCUCUCAGGCCACGAGCGGCUUCGCCCAGGCCGACCCACCUCUUCCGCCGCCUGGGUACCCAGUGCUCGGUAUGCCGGGGUACGGCGGAAUUCCACCUCUGCAGCCUUCACCGUCGGUCAUCAUCCAUACCGACGCUCCACACAGACCAAUUCCCAUCACCCAGAUCUCGUUUCCCCAUUCUCCAUCCCAAAUCCCAAUCUUCCAGCAACCGCCGCAAGAAAAUCUCGAUGAACAUGAUGAUGGCGCUGCCGUUCCGCGCUAUCACAAACUGUCCUUUCCAGUCUUCGAUGGCAAGGAAGAUCCAAUUGGCUGGCUUAAUCGCUGCGACCACUUCUUCCGGGCUCAACGAACUCGUGAAGCAGACAAGGUGUGGCUGGCCUCCUUCCACAUGACCGGCGUCGCGCAACAUUGGUUCUACAUGCUGGAACGCGACGCCGGCGACAUCCACUCCAUCACCUGGCCUAUGUUCAAGUCCUUGUGCCAGCAGCGUUUUGGACCUCCACUCGGCACAAAUCAUCUUGCCGAGCUUGCGAGGUUGCCAUUCUGCGGAUCGGUCUUCGAUUAUCAAGAGACAUUCCAGAUGCGCUUGGCGCAUGCGGGACCAUUGUCCGCGGCACAACAGGUUCAGCUCUUCACUGGGGGGCUGCCGCAACCGCUUCGCACUGAUGUCGAGUUGCACGCUCCUCAGGACCUGCAGCGUGCCAUGGCUUUGGCGCGCGCGUUCGAGCGCCGGCCGUCCUCGCUGCCAUCAUCAACUUUCAGUCGCGCACCAAGGCUACCGCCUCGUACCUCACCAAUGCCACCUACUACGGCUGCACUGACAGCGUCGCCUCAGGCGACAGCUCCAGUGCCUCCUCAAGGUACUUCCAGACCGCUUCGCCGGCUAAGUCCUGCUGAAAUGGCCGAGUGUCGACAGCAAGGACUCUGCUACAAUUGUGAUGAGCAGUACAUCCGCGGCCACAAGUGUCCCAAGCUUUUCUAUCUGGAGGUAACUGAUUUUGAUGAUCUUGAUGACACUGAACACACAAGCACAGAAGAACAUGAGGAUCAACCGCCUCUCAUUUCAUUACAUGCCAUUGCUGGACUCACAACCAAUGACACCAUGAAAGUGAAUGUGAAAAUUGGAGAGUCUGUACUAUGUGCACUAUUGGAUUCAGGCUCUUCGUCCAACUUCAUCAGUUUGGAGGCAGCAGACCACAUUGGCUUGCACCUUCAUGACAGUAAUGGAGCUAGUGUCAUCGUCGCCAAUGGUGACCGAGUAGCAUGUCGUGGCCUCGCUCGUGAUGUUGCAGCUCGCAUUGGUUCUGAAUUCUUCUCAGUAGAAUGCUAUAUCAUUCCACUUGACUGCUUUGACAUGGUACUUGGCAUUUCUUUCCUCAAGACAUUGGGGCCUAUACUCUGGAACUUCGAUGAACUAUGCAUGUCAUUCUGGCAUCGUGGGCAUCGCGUAGUGUGGAGAGGAUUGGAUCGCCACAACGUGCUAAAUCACCUCCUGGUCACAUUCACGCACUGUCCACUACAGAACCACCCUUGCUGGAAUCACUAUUGAACUCUUUUCAAGAUGUCUUUGAUCCACCCACAGGAUUGCCCCCGGCACGUGAUUGUGACCACCGCAUCCACCUGCUACCACAGUCAGCACCAGUAGCGGUUCGUCCCUACCGUUAUCCACAGCUGCAAAAAUAUGAGCUUGAAACACAAUGUUCAACCAUGUUACAGCAGGGAAUCAUCAGACCGAGUACUUCUCCAUUUUCAGCACCAGUUCUACUUGUUAAGAAACAAGAUAAUACUUGGAGAUUUUGCGUGGACUAUAGAGCUCUCAAUGAUAUCACGGUCAAAGACAAAU